AUGGCCUCGGUCAUCCACGUGGACCAGACGCACUGUGUGCCCAGCUGGCUCAUAGGGUAUAACAUCGCCCUGAUCAGAGAUGUUUUGGAGAUCUCCGGCUCAUUGGGAAUCAACCUGGGACUGAUUUCCAUAGACCAGGAAAAGGCGUUUGACCGGGUUGAACACCAGUUCCUCUGGCAGACCAUGACUGCCUUUGGGUUCAGCCCUGGGUUCAUCGCCCACAUCCGGACUCUGUAUUGUGACGUCAUGAGUGUACUGAAGGUGAAUGGGGGGCUCAGUGCUCCGUUCAGUGUGGGGAGGGGCAUCAGGCAGGGCUGCUCUCUGUCUGGGAUGCUCUACUCCCUCUCCAUCGAGCCCCUUCUGCAUCGCCUCAGAGUGCUGCCUGGAACACGACCUUUGAAAGUCUCUGCGUACGCAGAUGACAUCAUAGUGUUCGUAAACAGCCAGAGGGAUGUGGAGGUCCUAGCUGACACGGUGCAGGUCUUUGGUCAGGUCUCCAGCUCCAGGGUGAACUGGAGCAAGAGCUUGGCCACUCUGCUCGGGGAGGGCCUGAGGGGUCUCAACCUGCCUGGGGGACUGGUAGGGAGACAGUGCUUCUGGGAGUGUGGGAGGCUCAGGCACAUUCUGGAGCUGCUGAGGGGCCUCUUCACUUCACUGGGGGCAGAGUUUAAUGCCCAGGUGUUUGUGGGGUGGGUCAGGUACUCCAGCCGCAGCAGGAGGAGGGGGCGGCUUCUCAGUUUCCUCGUCGGUCAGGCCAAGAUGGCCGUCUUUGUGAGCAGGAGGAGGAUGGUCCAGGACCAGGGCGAGGUCAAUCCCUGGGCUCUGCUGGUCCGGAUGGUCCAGGCCAGACUCAGGCUAGAGUUCGGUCUCUACAGGAUAAAUGGGGAUCAGGAGGGGUUUGAGGAGCGCUGGGGGUUCAGGGAGACCCCCAUGGUCUCCCCUCGGGCAGAGACCGCUCCCAUCCCGGUCCCGACUCAGGUUCGGAACUAUCAGAGGAUCAAACAGAACCUGUCGGGAAGUCCCACCACCACCACCCACACCACACUGUACGGAUCGCCCAGGUCUGGCACCGUGCGGCGCUCUAACACCAGUCCUAUGGGGUUUCCCAAGAUGGUGUCCGGGUCCCCGAGCUCAGCGGACAUCGCUCCCACUGUGGGCAGACGUCUGUCCAUCGGCAGCUCCCGCCCAUACUCCCCCUCCCCUUUAGUGGGCACAAUCCCGGAGCAGCUCGGACACUGCACCUGUCACCUCCAGAGCCACGAGUCUCGUAGCCGCAGCUCGUCUGGAGGCUCUCCCUCCUCUCAGCUGCUGGGGACUCGGCUCCAGAGCGCCCCCUCUCUGUCAGACAUGUACCAGACCAGACAGAAGCUCCACAAGCAGCUGUCCGACCCCCUGCAGCCCUCCUCUCCUCAGAUGGGACGUCCUGUGAACCUCGGCUCCUCCCCCACCAAGCUCCUGGGCUCCUCCCCCACCAAGCUACUGGGCUCCUCCCCCCGCACCUCCGACUGGAAGAGCCCCCUCCCCACCAUCAUCGGCUCCCCCACCAAGACGAUCUCUGCUCCUUUUAAGAUCCCUAAGACCCAGGCGUCCUGUAACCUGCUGGCUCUGGCUGAUGGUCCUGGUCCCACUAAGACCGUGGCUGAGACCAGAGACAUGUGUGUGCACCACUGCGCCCCCUACAGGCCCAGCGCUCCGGAGGGCAGCCGCACCUUUGGCAGGUCUGUAAGCACUGGUCGUCUCUCUGAUCAUCCAAUCAGGAUCACAGUGGGAGGACAGACGUACCAGGGGAGCACCGAUAGUCUGAACACAGAGAGACCCAUGGACACAGCUCCAGCUGGCUGGGGCCUGGUUCAGCCUGGAUCCAGUCCCAGGACAGUCCUCUUCACUGUGGGUUCUCCUCCCAAGAGUAACACCCCUCCCACCUGCUCCCACACAGGGACCAGGCCUCGCACCACUUCAGUUGGCUCAAACAGCUCAGGCGGGUCCCUGUGCUCCACCAGUGGACGUGUGUGGGUGGGCUCUCCUCCCGCUGCAAUGGCCCUGGGCUCCUCUCCUCCUGGGGGGUCAGGCCCAGGUUCAGAGGCCGGUCCCAGCAGCCUCCGGUACGUGGCCUAUGGGACCUCUCCCCCAAGUCUGGACGGGUUCAUCACCUUCGAGGCUCCGGAGCUGCCAGAGGAGACUCUGAUGGAGCGGGAGCACACAGACACCCUCCAGCAGCUGCGCAUGAUGCUGUCGUUCACAGACUGUGUGUUGGAGAUGGCCGCGGUCAGAGCAGGAGGAGCAGACCUGGGGGCCUCUGCAGCCUCACUGUACCCCCCCCAGGACACUGUGGUGGUGGACCAGAUCAGCCAGCUCAGCAAGGACUGGGGGCAGGUGGAGCAGCUGGUGCUCUACAUGAAAGCUGCUCAGCUCUUGGCGUCUUCUCUACAUUUGGCCAAAGCGCAAAUCAAAUCCUGCAAACUCAACCCAUCCAGCGCCGUGAAGCAGGUGGUGAAGAGUCUGAAUGAUCGGUACAAGAGCUGCAUCAGUCUGUGUCGGAGCCUCACAGAUAAACUGCACCACUUCUUCUGCGACAAACAGAGAUUCAUCGACGAAAUCAACAGCGUGACGGCGGAAAAACUCAUCUACAACCAGGCGGUGGAGAUGGUCCAGUCUGCUGCUCUGGAUGAGAUGUUCAAACAGUCUGAAGACAUCGCGUACCGCUACAGUAAAGCCUCCAUGCUGCUGGACGGACUCUCUAGGACCCUGCAGGACCCCAGCGACGUGGACAAUGUUCUGAAAUAUAAAGCCAGUGUGGAUCGCAGGAUCUCUGCUCUCUGUUACUGCACCGUCACACUGUACGAGUAA